GUUUAAAUUAAAUUUUCUCAACACUUAAGUUACAAAUAAAAUGUCCUUACUAAUUUGUUUAAUUAAAUAAAUAAACUCUCUGCCUGAUGUGAGUAUCUGUAUAAUUUAAUAUACGCAUAAUUUACUUAUAACCAUCUUUUCAAAUAUGUAAAAAAUUAUGCACAUAAUAUAAAAUUAUUACUUCUGGAAGUAUGUGCGACAUAGUUGCUGCCGUUCUUAAAACGCAUGACACGAAGCCAAAUGUAUAUAGGACGGUUCGGAUCCAAAUUUAGAUCAGUAUGGUAGAAUACUAUCAAACACGCAACUUCGAAUGCAAUUUCUCUGUUAACUUUUUCUUCUUUAUCACUUCGUUGAAAUUUCAAAAAUUCUAUGUAACAAAGAUUAUAGUUUAUUCCACUUAAAAAUCCAUUACAUCAAAAUGAUGAAGAAAUACAGUUACUGAAGCACGCAAACAACGAGUGUUUUGUAGAUUUUACAUUAAAAUGGAUUCACGACAACGUUGGUUAUCGAUUGCAUUAGUUUUGUUAGUACUGACUACACGGAUUCAUGGCCAUCCCCGACCUAUCAAAAUUGGAGCAAUUUUUCAUAAAGGCGAUGAAGAUCUUGAAUCUACAUUUCUAAGAGCAAUCUCUGAUACAAGAUAUGAAAAUCUUGUACCCGCAUUUGAGCUUUUACCUGCUAUUAAAUACGUCGAUAUUAAUACUGACAGUUUUAAAACUGCCAUAGUUACUUGUGAACUUCUUGAGGAAGGUGUGGCAGCCAUUUUUGGGCCUAAAAGCCGACAUACUCGUGGUAUAGUUGCAAGCAUUGCUGCACGAUUUGAUAUACCACAUAUUGAGUAUGUUUGGCGGGAAGACAAAGAAUUAAAAGACGAAAACAUGAACGAAACCUUAAAGACACCAAUGACCAUAAACGUGUUUCCUGCCAGCGAGCAACUUAGCCAGGCUAUCGCCGACAUUGUUGAAAACAUCAUCAGUACAAUGAGAUGGCACAACUUUGUAGUAAUUUAUGAAAAUGAUGAUGGACUGUCACGUCUUCAAAAGACUUUGACACUAAAAGGAGAUAGAGAUAAUCCGGUUACACAUAUGGCACGACAAUUGGAAGGAUCAGAUUACCGCCCAAUGCUCAAAGAGAUACAACAUUUGGGAUUGUACAAUGUAAUUAUUGAUGUUGAACCAAAAAAUAUCAUGAAAGUUCUUUAUGAUGCAAAAAAAGUCAAACUGCUAUCAGACUAUUCUUACUUCGUCAUUACAUAUUUGGAUUCAUCCAAACUACCUAUUCUUGAGCUGCGAAAUCUAAGUACCGUCAAUAUCACCGGGCUUAGCUUGAGAGAGAAGAUAGAGGACGAGUACGGAACUGAUUUGCUAAACGGGACUGAUUUAACAGUCCUUUAUGACGCAGUAUUUCUGCUAUAUAAAGCCAUGGAAACCUUGAAUGCGAGAAAUAUUGAUGAUGAAAAUAUAUCUAUUGAUCCUGUACCACUUUCUUGUACCAAAAGUAUUAAAAAGUAUCAAGCAGGACCUGAUAUUAUCAGCAUUAUGAGAGAGAUUUCGAACACAGGAAAAAUAACGGGCGCUAUGGAGAUUGAUGAAUAUGGUCGUCGACAAGAUUUCAAUAUAUAUGUUCUAAGCUUUCAACAUUUUGGUCCGUCACCAACGGGAAUUUGGAACUCUAACGGCCUGCAACCUUUAAGCACUGAAAAAGAGCAAGACAGUUUUUAUUCCGAAACUAUGAAAAACAGGAAAUUUAAGAUUAGUCUUAAAACAGGUGCUCCGUAUGUGAUGGAAGUGUUCGGUGAAAUACGCGGACAGUUAAUCGGUCAAAAAUAUUACGAAGGAUACUGUAUUGAUUUAAUCGAGGAGAUCGCAAAACAGGCAGAUUUCGAAUAUGAAUUCGAAAUCGUGCCCGACGGACAACACGGAAAAUAUGAUGAAAAAAAAAAAUCCUGGAACGGUCUAAUCAAACGCGUUAUGGACAAGGAAGUCGAUUUUGCUAUAUGUGACUUAACAAUAACAUAUGAACGAAAAACUGCUGUAGAUUUCAGCCUACCAUUCAUGAAUCUCGGAAUCAGUAUUGUUUACGUAAAACCGGAAGACAAACCAGUUGACCGAUUUUCCUUUUUGAAACCAUUUAGUAGACAAGUUUGGAUUUACAUGGCUACCGCUUACCUCGCCGUAUCGAUAAUGUUAUUUCUUCAGGCAAGAAUGGCACCUGGUGAGUGGGACAAUCCGCAUCCAUGCAAUGCCGAACCUGACGAACUUGAAAACAAUUUUAAUUUAAAAAAUUCCUUAUGGCUCACUAUUGGUUCUCUUAUGCAACAAGGUUCAGAUAUACUGCCAAAAGCUCCUUCUAUUCGAAUGCUCACCAGCAUGUGGUGGUUUUUCACCUUGAUCAUGAUUAGUUCGUAUACAGCGAAUCUCGCCGCUUUUCUCACUGUGGGCAAAAUGGAUGCGCCUAUUAAUAAUGUUGAAGAUCUCGCGAAACAAACAAAAAUCAAAUACGGCGCAAUGGAAGGUGGUUCGACAGUAACAUUUUUUAAAAAUUCAAAUUACUCGACGUAUAAAAAAAUGUAUGCUAUGAUGCAAGAGUGGAGAUCGGAAGUAUAUACCCGAAGUAAUACCGAAGGUAUUGAACGAGUUAUCAACGGUAAACGACUAUAUGCCUUUCUAAUGGAAUCUACAACCAUUGAAUACGAAAUGGAACGCAGGUGCGAAAUAAUGAAAAUUGGCGGACUCAUCGACAACAAAGGCUAUGGCAUCGCUAUGCCGCGCAAUUCUCCAUACAGAACAAAGAUUAACAAUGCGAUCCUGGCGCUAUCAGAAAAAGGCAGGUUGUUGGAAUUAAAACAAAAAUGGUGGGUAAAAAAGGGUGGAGGAUUGUGCGCAAAGGAUGAAGCGGAUAAAAAUGCUGCUUCAGCUGGGGAAUUAGGGUUACCAAGUGUCAGUGGUGUGUUCCUCGUUUUAAUGAUGGGUUGCGGCGCUUCGCUCAUUAUUGCAAUUUGCGAAUUUUUAUGGAAUAUACGCAAAGUUGCUGUGAGAGAGAAGAUCACGCCACGGGAAGCGCUAAUUGCAGAGUUGAAAUUCGCCGUGAACAUUUUCGCAAUAACGAAACCAGUUAAAAUGUCCAAGAGCGGCAACAACAGUGCAAGCUCCACGGAGAGACUUGACAGAGCUGCAUCCACGGCUCGAUCUGUCGCUGGCUCUUUCCUACGUCUCGAUAUGCUUGAUAAAUUCGAUAAAGACCACAACGGCGACAAUGAUCGUAAGAUUAAUUAA